AUGUCUUACUACGCUAAUAACGAAUACAUCAUCUCGACAAAUAACUCAAUCAACGAGAACAAAUACAACAGUGAUAAGGUGAAAAACAGUGGCUUAAAAGCGCUUUUAAAGCCAUUGAUGAAGAUCAUUAAGAAAACAACAAAACGCACGCCAGUGAAGGCAUGCGACACGUGCUACGAGAGCGAGCAGAAUUCCAGUAACGAGUUGUUGGUGCGAAAGAUCUACGAGGAAAUGGACAGUUGUCAAUCUGGUGCGGCAUUCUUCGUCUGCAAUCAGGAUGAGAGCUACGACCUUGUGCCAGUCGCUCGUGAAGACUUCUACAUCCCGGUGCACUUCGCCCGAACGGACGCCGGCACCUUCUUCUGGACCGCUAUCUCUAAAAAUGAAGCUGACUUCGCAGCGGCAUCGUGUUACACCGAGUGUCAGACCGCGGAGCAACAAUACCCCGUCUUCCAAGACCGCUGGGUACAAGCAUAA